AUGGAAACCUUCAACCAGACCAAGGUCACCGAGUUCAUCCUGGUGGGCUUCCCAAGCCUUCAGCGAUUCCAAAGACCUCUCUUCCUCUUGCUCCUCCUCAUCUACAUCUUCACCGUCUCUGGCAACGUGUUGAUUUUCAUGGUCAUUCGCACAGAUGUCCGGCUCCACACCCCCAUGUAUUUCUUCGUCAGCACCUUGUCCUUCUUGGAGAUCUGGUACACGGCAGCCACCAUCCCCAAGAUGCUCUCCAAUUUGCUCACUGAAAGGAAGAGCAUCUCCUUCAGUGGCUGCCUCCUGCAGACCUAUUUCUUCCAUUCGUUGGGUGCCACCGAGUGCUACCUGCUGACGGCGAUGGCGUACGACCGGUACCUGGCCAUCUGCAACCCGCUACGGUACCCCUCCAUCAUGACCACCCAGAUGUGCAUCAAACUAGCUGCCAGCUGUUGGGUCUGCGGCCUGUUAGGACCCAUCGCCGAAAUCGUCUUGGUCUCCCGGCUGCCUUUCUGCGGCCCCAACCGAAUUGAACACAUCUUCUGUGACUUCCCACCUGUGCUCAGUCUGGCCUGCACGGACACCUCCGUCAACAUCCUGGUCGAUUUUGUCGUCAACGCCUGCAAAAUUCUAGCCACCUUCUUCCUGAUUUUCACGUCUUAUCUGCAGAUCAUCAGAGCCAUCCUGAAGAUUAGCACAGCGACGGGGAGGAAAAAGGCCUUUUCCACGUGUGCUGCCCACCUCACCGUCGUCCUGCUCUUCUACUCCAGCAUUCUGUUCAUGUACGUCCGGCUGACGAAAAGUUAUUCGCUGGAUUACGACCGGGCGCUGGCCAUCGUCUAUGCCGUCUUAACCCCCUUCCUUAAUCCAAUUAUCUACAGCCUGAGAAACAAAGAAAUCAAAGCAGCCUUGAAGAGAAUGUUCCAGGGGAGGAAAAUAAUCACCAGGGAAAUAAAGCAACCCAGAGUGGUUGGACUUUAA